UUUAUGCUAAUCAAACAUAUGUCACUUCCGCCCUUUCAUUUGCGCCAUUUUGGAUAGGGCAGUUUCCAGGCUAGGGUUGUAUUGUCUCUAUAGGAAGAGAUGGGAGCGCGUUAUCAGUGAACAUUCACAGAGUUAACACAUUUUUGGAUGAGGGGUUCCUCGUAAUAUUUACUACAACGCUAGCCACGCUAUCUUUUCCUACAAUGGGCGUUCUAGAUGUUUAUCCACCUAACUAAAUGAGUUUCAGUGGCACUUCAUCCCCGGUAGCCGAGAAGGAUAGUCUGUGUCGGAUAGUAGUGAGAGGAGUCGAGCUUCCUCUCUCGGUGUGGUGUGACCGCUUGGAGAGAAGACUGCAAGGCGGUUAGCCCCAGCUGCUUAUCUGGAGGACUAGGAGGGAAAGUGAGAGUGCCUUGUUUCUCUGAAGUUAUAUAAUUUACUACAACAGGAGCACCGGAUUUCAAACCAGGUGGGCAGAAUGUUCCAGCUCCCGGUCAACAACCUGGGCAGCUUACGGAAAGCCAGGAGAAAUGUCAAGCGGGUUCUGGGAGACAUUGGCCUGGAGUUUUGUAAAGACCACAUUGAGGACUACAAAGACUACGUCCCUGAUAAUAACGAGUUCUACAUCAAGCACACCACCUGGGAUGAUGUGUGUGUGUGGGAUCCUUCACUGACCAAAGCCCAGGACUACAGAUCAAAGCCUUUCUGCUGUUCCGGCUGCCCCUUCUCCUCCAAAUUCUUCUCAGCGUACAAGAGCCACUUCCGCAAUGUCCACAGCGAGGACUUUGAGAGCCGCAUCCUGCUUAACUGCCCCUACUGCACCUACAAUGGGAACAAGAAGACCCUGGAGACGCACAUCAAGCUGUUCCACAUGCCCAACAACGUGGUGCGCCAGGGUCCCGGCGGCAUGCAGGGGGCAGUGGGGGGGCUGAAGGACGGCAUGCAGCUGGGCAAGAGGCCUGGAGAGAGCAUCGAGCAGGCCGUAUACUACUGCAAGAAAUGCACCUACAGGGACCCGCUUUACAACGUGGUGCGCAAGCACAUCUACAGAGAACACUUUCAGCAUGUGGCCAAGCCCUACCUGGUUAAGCCUGGGGAAAAGACCACGCCCAACGGUGCCGCAGCAGGCACCACCACGGGCACAGGGAACACAGACCGCAGCAGCAAUACCAAUACCAAUGUCAAUGCUAACGCCAACAGCAACACCCUCCACUGCAAGCGCUGCCUCUUUUUGCCACGUACCUAUGAGGCACUGGUGCAGCAUGUUAUUGAGGACCACGAGCGCAUCGGUUACCAGGUGACCGCCAUGAUUGGUCACACAAACGUGGUGGUGCCUCGCGCCAAACCUGUCAUCAUGGUAUCCCCGAAGACUGGGGAGAAGACUGUCAUCGGGGUAGGACCUAAAGGUCAGCUAGUGACCACCACAGUGGGGGGAGUCCGCUCCGUUUCUAGCCAGAACCUCAGCAGGAUCGUCAUCCCAAAGUCAGGCCUGAGCUCAACAGGACUCCUGUCUGGGGUUCACCUGAAGCAGGGGGCUUUUGGGUUAAAAAGCGGGACUACUCAGUCCUUCUCUAUAGGCGUGCAGCAGGUGAGAAUCACUCUGCCUGGCAACGCAAAGGUGUCUGUGCCCCAGCAUUCUCAGGCUGCCAAACAGAACCUCCCUGGUGGCUUGCGGAGCCCCAUAGUGGUGAGUUCCUCCUCGUCUACGCUCAACUCCCGAGUCCAGGCGGCUGCCGCUACGGUAGCCUCGGUCACGGCCAAGGGGAAGGGGGGUAGCUCUGUCCUGGGCACGUCGUACACACAGAAGUGGAAGAUCUGCACCAUCUGCAACGAGCUCUUCCCUGAGAAUGUGUACAGCUCGCACUUUGAGAAGGAGCACAAGGCGGAGAAGGUCCCUGCCGUGGCCAACUACAUCAUGAAGAUCCACAACUUCACCAGCAAGUGUCUGUACUGCAACCGCUACCUGCCCAGCGACACACUCCUCAACCACAUGCUGAUCCACGGCCUGUCCUGCCCACACUGCCGCGCCACCUUCAACGACGUGGAGAAGAUUGUGGCACACAUGCGACAGUCCCACCCGGACGAGGCGGUGGGGCCGCGCACCGAUUCCCCUCUGACUUUCGACCUCACCCUGCAGCAGGGCAACCCCAAGAACGUCCAGUUGAUUGUCACUACCUACAACAUGAGAGACGCACCAGAUGAGUCUGUGGCCCUCCAUGCCCAGAGUGCCUCAUCGUCCACACAGACGGGCAAGAGGACCGUGCCCAGCCAACCCCCAAAGAUGCCCUCUGAUUCAGAAGAGGGCUCACCUGCCAAGAGUGCACCUCAGGCGGCCGUGCCGUACAAAAAAGACGUGGGCAAGACUCUGUGUCCGCUGUGCUUCUCCAUCCUCAAGGGCCCCAUCUCUGAUGCUUUGGCACACCAUCUGAGGGAGAGGCACCAGGUCAUCCAAACCGUGCACCCGGUGGAGAAAAAACUAACCUACAAAUGUAUCCACUGCUUGGGUGUGUACACAAGCAACAUGACAGCCUCCACCAUCACACUGCACCUGGUGCACUGCCGCGGUGUGGGCAAGACUCAGAACGGGCAGGACAGCAGGCCUGCGCCCUCCCCCAGGGUCUCUCAGGCCCAGGGCACUAGCCUCAAACGGGCCGGCUUCGAAAACUGUGACCCUAACGACCCAAAGCAGCGUAAGCUGGCGCCUGGAGAGCCGGAGGGCCCCGCGGCUUUUGUAGAGAAUCCAGACGACCCUGUCAACCUGGUCCUUGACCCCAAAGGUCACGAGGAUGAGUCGUACGAGGCGCGGAAAGCCUUCCUAUCGCAGUACUUCAACUGCGAGCCCUACCCAACGCGUAGGGAGGUGGAAAAGCUAGCCGCAAGUCUGUGGUUGUGGAAGUCCGAUAUCUCCAGCCACUUCACCAACCGCAGGAGGAAAUGCACGCGGGACUGUGAGACCCAGAAGGCCGAGGUGCUGCUGGGCUUCAACAUGCAGGACAUCAGCCGGCUCAGCCACGAACUGACCUUUGACCCUGAGUGCUUGUUUGAAGGCAAAGGGGACAGUGGAGAGACAGUGGAGAGGCGGACGUCUAGGACGUGCAUCGGGCGGUCUGAGCAGGCCAUCCAGCGCAUGGAGGAGAGGGCGGUGGCUAACGGUGGUGCCACACUCCAGCAGGCUACGCCAGCAGGGUCUGGCAGUGGGGCCAGGGCCACAACCCAGCCCAACUGUGGGGCCAAGAGCGACCAAAUCAAGACAAUCGGAAGCACCUUAAAAGAGAGAGGGCCUCAGGAUCUCUCAGAACCAAUCGCUAUUGACUCAGACAGCGAUGAGGAUGAAAUGGAUGAUGAUGGUGAUGAUGAAACGGGACCAGUAGAAGUGAAUUCCAUGGGUAAUGACAGGCUGGCUGCAGGGAGAGAGGGAGAGGUGGUAGGGACAGGGGCCCACUCCAGCUCAGACCUAGAGGAUAUGGAGGAUGGGUCAGAGGAGGAAGAGGGUCAUGUAGAGAAUGGAUAUGGUUCAGUGCUGCUGGAGAGGCAGGCUAAGGGGAAGGAAGCUGUUGCCAAACUGGGACAAUCGGGAAGUGGAAAAACUAGGGCCCAACUCGGCAAGCAUCAGGUCUAACCAAUGGACACAAACAAAUGACACGACGCACACAGAGACGUUACAUUUGAUCCAUGCCAACAACUCUGCCUCACCAGAACUUUAGAGCUGGAAAUGGUCAAUGGUGACAUGAAGGAGAAGAGGAGAGUGUUAAGGAGAGUCUCUUUCCUUUUCACUUCCACAAGCCAUCCAAUGACGUUUAAACAUGUCAUGUCAAAGACCAAUUAAAGCUGCUCUGCAGUGAUAAAGUAACUAUGAGUGAUGUAAGAUUUGUGAACAAAGUUGAUACUUUACCUCCAGGGGGAAAGAGAACACUGAAAUGAUUUGCCUUCUGUUUACUUUACUAGAACAUUCAGAUUAGUACUUAUUCUUGUCCAUUUGGCCACAAGUUAAACUGUGGCAAAAACAUGAGUCAUUACGACUUACUAGUUUAAAAGAAACUAGAAAAUCCCACGUUUUUCAUUGCAGGUAUGCAGGAAUAGCUAGUGUAUAUUUGUACAGUCUUUUAGACCUUUUUGGGGAGAAGUUGCUGUAGAUGUACUCAUCAAAUAUUUGCUUUUCUUUCUGUGUACAAGCUAGCUGCAUAUGUUCUACAUUGGUUCGCUAGAUGAUAGAUGUUGCUUUGGUGGCUGGUGUUUUCUGUAUGUUUUGUUAAUUUUUUUGAACAAAACCAUAGCAUUUUUGCUAAAUAAUAUAUCUAUAUAUAAAUGCAAAUUUAAAUGAACAUAAUUGAUUGCUUUUGUUUUUCGCUGUUUGUUUACUAUGAUUGAUUAUACUUUUUUAUUUGCAGUAAUAACUUUGGUUCUGUUGAAAGAGUUCCUCAUAUCCUUCUCCCACAUAGUUAAAGGGCCAUUUCGACUGAUCUCUGUAGCCCUGUGCUCUGUAGUCUAGACUGUGCUUGAUUAGCCUCUUCCACCGAGACGUUUGCUGUUGCCUUUGAAACAGACCGCAUUCGCUAUUAAUGACUUUUCUGUGUGUAUGUUUAAUUUGUGAUCUUCAAUUUAUUUGUUUUGUUUUUAACUUUAGCAUUUAUGAACAAUAAAGUGCUGCACUGUG